AAAAUUAGGAUAGCAGCUUUAGAAACUAAUAAUUAAUGAGAUAACUUUCAUGUGCACGCCUCAUCACCACAUACCCAAGCUAAAUAGUAGAAACUACCAUGGUUUCAUCAACCAGCAACAGCCAUAUCAUCUCUUUGUGUACCUUUCUGGUUUGUUGUUAUUGCUACUCUUGUUCAGCUAAAGACACUAUCACAAGGGGGGAAUUCAUCAAUGAUGGUGACAAUUAUUUAGAGUCACCAGGGAAGAAGUUUCGAAUGGGCUUCUUUCCACAUGGGAACACAACGGAACUAAGACGAUACGUAGGGAUCUGGUACACAAUGGAUCCAAAGACCAUUGUGUGGGUUGGAAACCGGGAUAAACCAGUGCUGGAUUACACUGGAGUUAUUACUGUUGCCGAAGAUGGUAACUUUAAGGUGCUAAAUAAAGAUGCAAGUGUUUACUUCUCAACAACCACAGAAGGAGCUCCUCUAACAACACUGAAGUUAUUGGACACUGGAAAUGCUGUAUUAAUAGACGUGGAAUUGAGAUGCAUAUUGUGGCAAAGCUUUGAAACUCCAACUGAUACAUUUCUUCCUGGGAUGAAAAUGGGAAAAAACUUAAAGUUGACAUCAUGGAGAACUGUAACCGACCCAGGAUCUGGAAGCUUCAAAUUUCAGACGGAUCCAGGUACAGCUCGGUAUUCUAUUGUGAACGGGUCAACAACGUUUCUUUGGAAAAGUGGGAAGAUAUCAAAAGAUGAUAGCUUUGAUGAUAAUCAAAUGUUCUCCAACGCAUUCAACUUCUUGUCAAAUACCACCACACUAAAACGAAAAAUUAUAUUACCUAAUCCUAAUCCUAAUCCUAAUCCUAAUCGUACAGUAUCUUACGAAACUUAUGUGGUGGUUGAUCCUAAUUCAAGGUUGGUAAUGGGUCACUUAGGGAAGUUACAAUAUUUUAUUUGGUCAGAAGAAAAAAACCAAUGGGGAUUGGAAUGGGAGGAACCAAAAGAUGCUUGUAGCUUGUAUAAGGUGUGCGGGCCGUUUGGGAUGUGCAAGGAAAAAAAUGGCUCUCCAUUGUGUAGUUGUCUGCAUGGAUUUGUACCUAUUUCACCUGAUGAUCACACGCAAGGAUGCAUGAGAACUUCUAAAAUCUGUGACGAAAGUACCAAAGACACAUUCAUAAACAUAACUAUGAUUAGUAUGGAUGAUACAACUCUGCCCAUCUAUCAUUCAAAAAAUGAAUCAGAAUGCAUAGAAGACUGCCUCAAAGACUGCAAUUGCCUGGCCUAUUCUUAUAGUUCUCAAAAAGAGGGAGGGAUACAGGACCCAAGUCGUGAGAAUCUCGGUUGCUGGUUCUGGGACACAGAACCAUAUAACCUUAGAGGGAAGGGUGAACAUACUAUUUCCUUCCGUGUUUCAACAUCUUCAAAAGCUAAUAUUUCUGGCACUCUAAAGAAACGGAAUACUGAAGGAAGAUCAUCAUCCCUGAAACGAGUCCUUGCAAUUUCUGUUGUUGGUUCAGCUCUGGUACUUUCACUAUUUGGCGGCAUUAGCUAUAUAAUGUGUAAGCGAUUGGUGAACAGAAGAAAAAAAAACCAAAAUAACAUAGAAUUCAAAUCUUGUAAUACGAGGAGACAUAUCAAUGAGUUACUUCAUCUUGAUCACUCUAAAGAAGAUGACAGAGAAGGCCUCGAUGUACAACAUUUUGAGCUGGAAAGCAUAGUAGCUGCUACUAACGAUUUCUCAGAGGAAAAUCUGCUUGGGCAAGGUGGUUUUGGGCCUGUAUACAAGGGUAAGCUUCCUGGAGGCCAAGAAAUUGCAGUGAAGAGGUUGUCAAGCCUCUCUAGACAAGGCUUGCAAGAGUUCAAAAAUGAGAUUACUCUAAUUGCAAAACUUCAACACAUAAAUCUAGUUAGAAUACUGGGAUAUUGCAUCACGGGAGAAGAAAAAAUGCUACUGUAUGAGUACUUGCCAAAUAGAAGCUUAGAUAAAUUCAUUUUUGAUCCAAUACUUAGGGCAUCACUGGACUGGAAAAUGAGAUUCAGUAUCAUUAUGGGAAUUGCUAGAGGACUUAACUAUCUUCACCAUGAUUCCCGGUUGAGGAUUAUUCAUAGGGAUUUGAAGACAAGCAACAUUUUGCUAGACGAGGAGAUGAAUCCAAAAAUUUCGGAUUUUGGUUUGGCCAAGAUAGUUAAAGGAAAAGAUAUGGAAGCUGUCACAAACAAAGUUGUAGGAACCUUUGGUUAUAUGUCUCCGGAGUACGCACGUAAAGGUAAAUUCUCUAUCAAAUCUGAUGUUUUUAGCUUCGGGGUGGUAUUGCUUGAGAUCCUAAGUGGGAAAAGAAACACUGGAUUCUAUCAAUCCCAAAAAAGUACAAGUCUUUUGGAGCAUGCAUGGAGCUUAUGGAUAGAAGACAGACCAUUUGAGUUGCUGGAUCAAAUACUAGUGAAUUCAUGCGAUUCAACUGAGGUAUUGAAGUGCAUAAAUGUCGGACUCUUGUGUGUACAAGGAGACCCAGAUGAUCGUCCCACCAUGACAAAUGCAGUUAUGAUGCUUGGAGGUGAUAUGGCCAUGCUCCCAAAUCCAAAAGAACCAGCAGUCAUUCCCAGAAGAGACCAUGAUGUUUCCUCUAAAAACACAUUGACGAUUACAGAUGUAGCCGGGCGCUAACGAGGCAUUUAUUUCAUCUAUGGUUUCUCUGAUAAUUCUUUUUAUUGACAACAUGUACUAUCCACAUAUGUGUAUGGCUUAAAAGAGUUAAUGAUUGUACAAAGUAAAUGUAAGCAUACACCAAAAAAAACAUAGUUGAACUCA